CGUCCUUCUGUGUUCUCGCGAGACUACAUAUUUCCCUAAUCGCACCGCGCGCCUCUCUUCCUUCCUCUUUCCGCCAUAUUGCAGAACUGGUAUCAUGGUGCGCAUGAACGUUCUCGCUGAUGCACUGAAAAGCAUCAACAAUGCUGAGAAACGUGGGAAACGCCAGGUUCUCCUCAGACCCUGCUCUAAAGUCAUAGUGCGCUUUCUUACUGUGAUGAUGAAGCACGGUUACAUUGGCGAAUUUGAGAUCAUUGAUGAUCACAGAGCCGGGAAAAUUGUAGUCAAUCUAACAGGGAGGUUGAACAAGUGUGGCGUCAUCAGCCCACGGUUCGAUGUGCAGUUGAAGGAUCUGGAGAAGUGGCAAAACAACCUUCUCCCAUCCAGACAGUUCGGGUGAGUAAUUACCAGUGUC